GUUAUUAUUUUCAUUUUUUUUUGCAUAUAAAAUAAUUUUUAAUCCACAUACGUGAUCGCGAAUAAUAAUACAGAAUUAUUGUAAGUCAACAGGUUUAUUUCAACGGAGAUUUUGGUCAGCGCGCAACGAGGAAACGUUGUUGAAACGUUAUCUAUUAUUUAAUUGAUUUUUGUGUUUAUUUUUCUUUUCGUUUUAUUUUUUUUUUUUCAUUUUUAUUUCGCGUCGGAAUUUAAAUUUCUGUUUAUUCAAAAUGGUUAAGACACGGAAAUAUACAAAAGAACUUCAAGCAGAAAUGAGAUCGAUGGUGAACCAAUCGAUGGCAGAAAUAAAGAAGGAAGUGAAAGAUACAAUCCAUCAUCACUUAAACACAACAGUAAAUCACGACAACCAGAAUCAAAAACCAGACAGGACGGACAAGUUCGACCAAAUAGACGAACAGACGUCAGAACCACAAGAAAUAAAUCGACCGAAAAAAAUACCAGUAAUUACGGAAGACAGAAUAUUGACAAAACCCCUGACAUUCAUAAGACAUGGUGAAUGGAUGUCAGCAGACCAAUAUAAUUUCAAUAAAUCGCCCGAAGAUGACGAAGAAUUAGAGACCGAAGAAAUAAUCACGCAGUCCCAAAAACAGCACAACAAACUUUGAAUGUAACAACUCUAACACAAGAGGAAAGAGUAUGGGGUUUAGACAAAGUCAAAAGGGACAUAUUCAUGUCAAAUAUCAAACAAACGGAAGAAUUGCAAGUACACAAUGCAAUUUGGUGCAAAAUGAUGGCUGACAUAAUUAAUUGGACAAUAAGAAGAGUAAAGGCAGAAAAAAACUUGACAGCUCGUAUCGAGAUAAUCGAAUCUAUGCCAAAAAUUACCAGCCGCAAACACGUAGAACAGCUAGAACGAGAACUAGGUAUAAAAAAAGGAGAUGUUGGAUAUUGGGAAAACUCUAUAAUAAAUUAUAUAGUAAAGGAUGUACAACUAUGGAACAACACCGAAGAUCUGGAGGGAAUUCAAAACUCAACGCAAAUAUACCAGAAAACGCAACAAGAGAUGGGAUCACGUGAGAAGGGAAACGUGCCCAUGAAUAAUCACAACAAAUAUUCAUUGCAGUACACGCAACCUCACAUGUAUGCGCACAACGGACCAAAUAUACAAAACACGUACAGGCCAGACCAGAGAACCCAAUAUCAAGGUCACCAGGGAUUUAAUACAGUAAAUACUACGUAUAAUACGCGUGAAGAUAAUAUGAAAAAACGAGCAGAUAAAAUAAAAUCAAUGGAAAUAUUGAUAAGAAGUAAUAACCUCAAGUAUACAGCAGAUUCACAUCCUAAACAGUGGCUGCAAGCGUUCACUGAAACCUGCAGUGAACAGGAAAUGGAAUUCGAAGAAAGAAUCGAUCUGUUGAAAAUAGCGAUAGCCAGUCAAAAAGAAUGGUUUAAACAAAAUGUUAACACAUGGACGAACUGGGAAGAUGUAAAAAAAUCAUUUAAUGUGGCAUUCUGCAAAACGACACUAGACACGGAAGUACUUCAGGAAAUAUUCAGCAUAUACCAGAAGAAAAAUGAAAAUACACAGGAAUUUGUGAGACACAUGAGAAGCAAAUUCGCUGAGCUAGAAGAUCCAAUGACAACAGCAAAACAAUUGAAAAUAAUAAAACCAAAGCUGAACAUAGAAAUUCAGAGAGAAUUGAAUUCAAUGCAAAAGGCAACAACAUAUAAACAAUUCGCUGAAUUAAUAUCGAUCGCAGAAAGCAGGGUAGCGGAUAUCCGUAGAGUAAAAGAGGCCAGAAAAACACCAGUACGUCGGCUACAAACAGCAAGAGAUUCAGUGAAUGAAUCUACAGAGUCAAGUUCCGAAGAAGAGGAGACAACGAUAUGCAGGGUAAAAAGAAAAAGCAGGAGAACUGCUGUAAAUAAAAUUAAAUCAAUAAAUUAUAAAAAAGACGAUGAUAAAAAAAUCAACGUCGUCUUCGAGAGGAAAAACCAGCACAACUACAGAGAAAGAUCAAGAUCAGGUGAUCGCAACAAUAGAUCUGGGUCCAACACUUUAAGAGGCACGAGUAAAUCAGUAGGAGGCACCUACACGUGCUUGAAUUGUGGAAUGAAAGGUGGACAUAAAACCAGGGAUUGCGAAGAGGACAGAGUUGAUGUUUGUGUGCGAUGUUUCACCGUGGGAGCAACAGCAAAACAGUGUAGCUGUAGAAAAAACUGAGCGAGUGCGAUAUACGCAGUGUCCCGUACUCGCGACAACGUUAGCAGACUGCGCUUCGGAGCAGGAGGGGGGAGGCCACCCAUCCCGCCAGCCCAUGGAGAUAGAAAGUGACUAGAUAUCAGACGACCAUCAGUCAACGGCCGAGUCAGAUCAAAGUGACAACGGUGAAUUAAAUAAAACCGGGUCUGAUAUAAACAAUAAUUAUAAAAUUAAUAAUGGUAUCCAAAGUAGUGUCGUGAUGGGUAAUUGCAUAGCUAAAUGCUGCGGCGCAGACUACUACGUGCCGUCUCCUACAAAGGAAAAAACACCUGCAGUACCUAAACCAGCGAUCCGACAAUUGAUUACUGUAUCUGAGGGAGCUAAUGUAAAUCAAAGAGUACAAUUAAGCGAUGGAAGAACUUGGGAGAUUCUUGUACAGCAAAGAGACGUCAAAAGAAAAGAAAGCAGAUCAACAACUACUGAGGACCUGUAGAUUCCACGGGAGAGUUGGGGAUCAGAAUUCCUACUGGGCCAAUCCCGUAUUCGCUACACCAGCAGCAUAUCUCAAUUUUGAUAUCCCAGUGACGACCGAAAUUACACUAGCGGCCGGCUUUCACCGACGAUUGUCUAAUGUAUUAGUAUAUCACGAGAAAAACUCAGUGCUAGCUAUGCCUGAGAAACCAGAAAUAUCUGCAGUACAAACACCAGAUAUUCCCAUUCCAUCAAUGAAGGUAAAAUGCCAAAUGAUAAUUGGGCGAGACCUCAAGUUUGUGGACUCCAACCUGAAUAACAUGCUUUCCCAAGUUGAAUGGUGAGAGCUGGUAAAGAAAAUCACCGAGUCAACGGCAUCAAAGUCUACCAGGACUAUUGCAACCCAGACCAUCGAAACCAGGUUGGCUCCGGUACCAGAACCAGGUUGCAUCAAAUGUAAAGAAAAAGGGCACACCCAUGACAAGUGCCAGAAUGAACUCAGGGGUGAGUGCUAUUGUACCAACUGCCGAAGACUAGGGCACACCAAUAACACGUGCCCGUACCAGCAUUGGAACACCGAUGGCUACAGAAAGAUGAGAGGCUACUGUCGCCAUUGUUCUACACAAGAUCCGUUCAUGAACGACUCGUGCCAAACAUGCCGAACCAGAGUCGAAAUGACACAAGCUGCACGAGGGGCAUAUCAGAUUUUACCGCCCUAAAGACAUUUCCCGGACGUGACCUGAUGUACGUGUGAUAAGUGACAGUGUUAUCAAGAUUGCUCAAGAAACCAGUAUUACAUAAAGACAAUAGUAUUUAUAUUAUAAACCGGUUUUUAGUUUAUUAUUUUUCUUUGACUUUUUAUUUUUUACUGUCAAACACAUAGUACAUUCGAAAUACUUAUUUAUGACUAGAGUAAUUAAUUACAGAAAAAUUGCUCAGAUUUAUUAAUGCAUGUAAAUCAUGCCAAUUUAUUUAUUAUUUAUGUGUUGUUCUAAAAGAACACACCAGUAUUAGCACAGUAGUGUUCUAUUCAGUUUUUUUGUUUGUAUUCUUUAUUAUUUAUUUUUUGUUUCUACGCACCAAAGUAGUGAAUAGAAAAGGACAUUGAUGAGUCUAGUACUGAUUAAAUGUGAUAAUAUUUAUAAUAAUCAUAAAAUGUAUAACAGUGCUUAUAUUUUGCUUAAAAAGUUUAUAAAUGCUUGUUAAUUAAAGAUAAUUAUAUUUUGAUAUUGAAGAGGUACUCGCCAGAGUUAUUGUAAGGCCAGUAUCUCUUGCCACAGUAUGAAUGAAAUAAUGUUGUAAUGAAUGAAUGAAAAGUUACUGUCGGCGUAAAAUACUUGCGAUUAACUUUAACCAGUAAAUUGUCGGUUUUAUCAUGGACACUACCCAGGUUAAAGUUAAGGAGGGUGGUGUUACGAUGUUGGCAUCGUACGCCUCCGUUUGUCAUCGGGACAGAACUGUCACAUGACUAGUGCGACAGUUCUGUCUAUAAAAGAGCGCGUUAACGUGCGACCGGAGCUUUUUCGUCGUUAGCUUUGAGUAGACAAGUAGUUCAUAUUCAUUGCUAAUUGUCGCGCAGUAAAUGACCUGUUCGCUGAUCGUCAUUACUGCUUAUUAAUUUAUUCUUAACUCAUAUUUGUUGGUAACUCGUCUAGUGUCCGCGGUAAUUAGUUCAGUAAAUUAUCCUGUAUUUAUUACAUCACAUUUGUUUGUAAUAAAUAAUAACUCAUAUCUGUUGCUCUACCGAAGGCGGUUAUUUGAGUAAAUUAGUAGAAAGCCCUGUACCGUUAAGUACAGUAACGUUAUUGGUAACCAGUGUGUGUGUGUGCGAC